AUGCAGCAAGACCAAGAGCGAAAUUCCAAUUAUGGUUAUUGUUCAUGGGGGAGACUUCCUACAAAAGAUAGAUUGCAAAGAUUUGGAAUCAUUACAGAAUCCACUUGCGUGUUUUGCCCAGCUAUGGAAUCAAUAGACCACCUAUUCUUCCAAUGCAAAGUAUCGGCUGCAAUUUGGCAUAGGAUGCUACAAUGGCUCGGCUAUUCACAAACGGUACAGAAUUGGAAUGUUGAGAGAGUUUGGUUGAUCAAGGAAUUGUCAAAAAAAGGAUGGAGAAGAUUGCUGUUGAAAAUGAUACUAGCAGAGACAACAUAUGCUAUAUGGAGAGCACGAAACGAUAUUGUGUUUAACAACACGCCAAUGGAUCAAGCUUCUAUCCUGGACCAGAUUCAGCAUAUUGUUUAUAUUCGUGGUAGAGGAUAUAAGAAACUCCAGGGCCAUGUAGAGUCGCUGCGUAGGAAUUAG